CCAUAGCCUCCAAAUCCAGACGUAGCGUGCGCUUAACUCCGACAGAUAGCUUUAUUUUCCAGCCGACCUGCCUGUUGUUGGCUAGUAGGCUAGUAUCCAGCAGCGGGUUCAUAUAUAUUUAUUUAUUUUUAUAUUUAGUCCUGCUGGGGUUUUGACGUGUCGAGGAUUUUGUGACGGGGUCGCUACCUGUGCCGUUGCUGCUGCAGCACAUUCACGCAACCUGAUGACAACAAUCGUCAGCAGGCGUGAUGGGACUUGAACUCCACGCUCCGUGAAACUUUCGUAUUUUAGGGUUUGUUCAGCACUUUCGUCACGAUGCAGAUGACCUUCGGGUGGUCCAGCAGCGUGACACUGCUGUUUGAUUUCUGGAAUGUUCACAGCCCUGCAGGCAUGGUGCUGUCGGUGUUCAUCGUGCUGCUGCUGACCGUCCUCUUUGAACUGCUUAAAGCCUGGAGGCUGUGGCUGGGGAGCGGCGUUCCGCUCCAUCAGCCUGCCGACGCCGUCGCCUCCAGUCUCAGUGAGAGCUCCUCCGGGUUAGAAACCAGCCCCUCUGAGAGCUCACUGACCCCCAUCGAGUCCCGGCCUUGGACCACAAACAAAUGGACGCUGCAUGUCCUCCAGACGGUCCUCCACAUGCUGCAGGUGACCCUGGGCUACAUGCUGAUGCUCUGCGUCAUGUCCUACAACUCUUGGAUCUUCAUCGGGGUCGUCGUGGGCGCUGCCCUCGGCUAUUUUAUCUCAUUUCCUCUCGUAGAACGUAUGUCCUGCUACGGCUCGCUCAAAGAGUGACGGGAAGACAUGAGCAGAAGUUUUUAUUUAGCUAAAAAGGCUCGCGUGGAAAAUGAGCUGUAGGAGAGAAACCUGUGUGUGUGUAGGGUUUAGUUUAUAUAAACUUCAUUUCCUACACUUUUACAACUCAUGCCUUCAGUAAUGUUUUAACAACAAAUGUUGCUCAAAAAUGUGUUUUUGCUGUUUAAAAAUGAGCAUUUUCUGUUCUGAAAGUGGGAAUAAUUCUUAAAUCUAAAAGCUAAUUUGCACUCAGAUUUCCUGUCAGAUGUUGAAACUGAUGAGUCGUUCUUUUUUCCAUCGGGAGACGUGUUCCUGCUUUUAUCAGCUGACGCCAAUAAAAUGUUUGCUUAAAAAAACAAUAAGAACAUCUGAUCAACAUUUCUGUGCUUUUGUGACAAAAUAAAGAACAAAAGCUGUUGAAAUCGUUUUAUUUCAUUCUCAAAUACAGUUUGUUGUUUUUGUAGGAGGAAAGGUCUACGGUUUGUUUUGCUGCACAACAAUAAAUAAAAGAAAACAGUGAUCUUGAGUUUAAA